AUGGGUGUUUUCACACAUGUUGGUGUUCUUUUACUCUCUAUCUUGACGUUAUCCCAUUGCAAGUCCGGUAAGGAAGACUACGGGACUGUCAUAGGCAUUGAUCUUGGUACUACUUACUCAUGUGUUGGUGUUUUCAAGAAUGGACGUGUUGAAAUCAUCGCAAACGACCAAGGCAAUCGAAUAACUCCAUCUUAUGUUGCAUUUUCUGGUGACGGGGAACGGCUAAUUGGUGACGCUGCCAAAAAUCAGCUGACUUCGAAUCCCAAGAAUACUUUGUUUGAUGCCAAACGUCUCAUCGGUCGUGAUUAUGACGACAAAGAUGUGCAGAGUGAUAUUAAACGUUACCCCUUUAAAGUGAUCAACAAAAACAGCAAACCGUACAUGCAGGUGCAAGUAGGUAACGAGGAGAAGGGGUUCGCUCCUGAGGAGGUUUCGGCUAUGGUUCUCAGUAAAAUGAAGGAGAUUGCUGAAGCCUAUCUUGGAACUGAAGUCACACACGCUGUUGUCACUGUGCCUGCUUAUUUUAAUGACGCCCAACGUCAAGCAACCAAAGACGCUGGUGCUAUAGCUGGCUUGACUGUCUUGCGAAUCAUUAAUGAGCCUACCGCCGCAGCGAUUGCUUACGGAUUGGACAAAAAAGAUACGGAAAAGAAUAUUCUUGUGUUUGACCUUGGCGGUGGAACCUUUGAUGUUUCCCUUUUGACAAUCGACAAUGGUGUGUUUGAAGUUGUUGCGACCAGUGGUGACACUCAUCUUGGUGGCGAGGACUUUGACCAACGCCUUAUUGAUUAUUUCGUAAAAUUGUAUAAGAAGAAGGAGGGCAAGGAUAUUACGAGGGAUGAUCGUGCUGUUCAAAAAUUGAGGCGUGAAGUUGAGAAAGCGAAACGUACCCUUAGCACAGAGCACAGCACUAUGAUCGAAAUCGACAAUCUGUUUGAAGGCAAAGACUUUUCUGAACCUUUAACAAGAGCUCGUUUUGAAGAACUAAACAAUGACCUCUUCCGUAGCACUCUUAAACCCGUUAUGAAAGUGAUGGAGGAUUCCGGUCUCAAAAAGGAGGAUAUUGAUGAUAUCGUUCUAGUUGGUGGGUCAACAAGGAUACCCAAAAUCCAACAGCUCGUGAAGGAGUUCUUCAACGGCAAGGAGCCAAGUAGAGGCAUUAAUCCUGAUGAAGCUGUCGCUUAUGGCGCUGCAGUGCAAGCCGGUGUUAUUAGCGGUGUUGAAGAUACUGGUGAUAUCGUGCUCCUUGAUGUUUGCCCAUUGACCAUGGGUAUUGAGACUGUGGGAGGCGUUAUGACCAAACUUAUUCCCAGGAAUACUGUCAUUCCCACCAAAAAGUCGCAAAUUUUCUCUACAGCUGCUGACAAUCAGCCAACCGUUACCAUUCAGGUGUUUGAGGGUGAGCGUCCAAUGACUAAAGAUAAUCAUUUCCUGGGUAAGUUUGAUCUGACAGGCAUUCCUCCGGCUCCCCGUGGUUUACCCCAAAUUGAAGUCACCUUCGAGAUUGAUGUGAAUGGUAUUCUUCGGGUAUCUGCCGAGGAUAAAGGCACUGGGAAGAAAAGCAAUAUUGUAAUAAACAAAGAGACAAAUCGUCUCAGUCCUGAGGAGAUUGAGCGCAUGAUUCAGGAUGCCGAGAAGUUCUCAGACCAGGAUAAGCAAGUCAAGGAGCGUGUAGAGGUUCGCAACGACCUUGAAAGUCUUGCCUACUCCAUUAAAAAUCAAGUCAAGGACAAAGAAAAGAUGGGUGGAAAGCUGAGCGAAGAUGAGGUUAAAACCAUCGAAAACGCAGCUGACGAGGCUAUUAAGUGGAUGGAGAACAAUCCACAAGCUGAAACCAGUGAGUACAAGGAGCAGAAGGCAAAGCUUGAGCGUGUGGUUCAACCAAUUGUGAGCAAGCUCUACGAAGGGGCGGCUCCUCCUCCCCCAACCGAAAGUACGCCAAGGGAAGAGUUAUAA